UGUCCCUGGCGCCGGAAGAGAAGACAACCUCUUUCCCGGCCAUCUUUCAAGCGAGCUGCGCGCUCCGGGCCCUCGCCAAAUCUGAGGACAUCCGACAGGACAGGGGCCACAAUGCCCGGGCAUCUGCAGGAAGGCUUCGGCUGCGUCGUUACCAACCGUUUCGACCAGCUAUUCGACGAUGAGUCGGACCCGUUCGAGGUGCUGAAGGCGGCUGAGAACAAGAAGAAGGAGGCGGGGGGAGCUCAGGCCAAGACCGCCGCCCAGGCCGCAAAGCAGCCUAAGAAGGAGUCGCAGAAGGACCGCAGGAACCCCCUGCCCGAGAAGAAGGAGGAGGCCGCGCCACCCGUGGCUCUCAAGAAGGAAGGAAUCCGGAGGGUUGGUAGGAGACCCGACCAGCAGCAGCAAAAUCCUCAGCAACAACCGCCACCACCACAGCAGCCACCUUCACAGGCCCCACAGGGCGAUGGGAAGCCCAUCGACAGAAGGCAAACAGACAGGCGGCCUCCUCGCGAGCGUCGCUUUGAGAAGCCAGCCGAAGAGAAGGGCGAAGGAGGGGAAUUUUCUGUGGACAGGCCUAUUGGUGAAAGGCCAAUUCGUGGUCGUGGUGGCCCCGGUGGAAGGGCACGUGGUGGUCGUGGACGCGGCAUAGGCAGAGGUGACGGCUUUGACUCUCGUGGCAAACGUGAAUUUGACAGACAUAGCGGAAGCGACCGAGCUUCUUCUUUCAGUGGCCCGAAGCACGAGGACAAGAGGGGAGGCAGCGGAUCUCACAACUGGGGCAAUGUUAAGGAUGAAAUGAGCGAACUGGACCAGUCAACCGUCACUGAGGAAACAACUGAAACAGAAGAUCAGCCCGUGGUAGACUCUGAGAACAAGGAAAAUGAGGCGGAAGAAGGACCCAAGGAGGAAGGACCCAAGGAAAUGACUCUUGAUGAAUGGAAGGCAAUGCAAGACAAAGCACGCGCCAAAGUUGAAUUUAACAUCCGUAAACCAAACGAAGGUGCCGACGGCCAGUGGAAGAAAGGUUUCGUCCUCCACAAAUCCAAGAGUGAGGAGGUUCACGCAGAGUCUGAAGGUUUGGAUCACCACUUCCGCAAGCCUGCAAACGACAUCACCUCCCAACUUGAGAUCAAUUUCGGAGAUCUUGGCCGUCCUGGCCGCGGACGCGGUGGUGGACGAGGUGGCAGGGGCGGACGCGGUGGUGGCGGAAGGCCCAGUCGCGGCGGAAGACCCGACAAGGUAAAUCAGCCUGUGCCCUCGGAGGUUGAGGCUGAUCUAUGGAAAAUGGACAGUCAAGCGUCUCUGUCCCCGACGUAGACGACCCUGAAGCUUUCCCAGCUCUGUCGUAAACUGGAUGGCUGAUGUCCACCCCUGGUGCCCUCGCGGCUCCCCUUUCUACGAGGCUUGCAUGCUUAAGGAUCCUAAACAACAAAAAAUUUAAAAAAAAAAAAAAAAAGACUGUCGAUCAUACCAUUCACACCUAUGGACUGAAUUUUAUCUGUUUUAAA